AAAGCAUACAACCGAACCAAUGUCUGACGCAAUGGCUUUGGUCACAUCACCAUUACCCAAAUCCAAAACCUCCCCAAUUUUGCCUCUUCGCAGCGCAAUAAAACCAAUCUCAAAUUUGAUUUUAAAUCCUGGUCUCUACAAGGCAGGAUUGAAUCAACCAAAUAAACGACUGACCUCACGAAGAGUAGCACCAAUGGUUAGUGCAUUGCCUAUAGAAGCGGCAGCGCCAGAGCCACAGAAUUGUGGGAGAAAUCGAUUAUCAGAUGUGGUGGGGGAGCGGAAGAGGACCCUGUUUAGGGGCAGAGAAUGGAACACAUUGGAUAUUGGGACAGCUGGUGUUGUUUUUGCAAUGCAUUUUCUCAGUCUGUUCGCGCCGUUUCAAUUCAAUUGGAGUGCGUUUUGGGUUGCUUUUGCGCUCUAUGUGAUAACAGGUCUUCUGGGUAUUACUCUUUCUUUCCAUAGAAAUCUUUCACACAGGAGUUUCAAGCUCCCCAAAUGGCUCGAGUACUCGGUUGCAUAUUGUGGAGUUCUAGCGCUUCAGGGGACUCCAAUUGAUUGGGUGAGCACUCAUAGGCACCACCACCAGUUUUGUGAUUCUGAGAGAGACCCACAUAGCCCCAUUGAAGGCUUUUGGUAUAGUCACAUGAAUUGGCUCUUUGAUAAGAACUCUAUCACUGAAAAGUGUGGAGAGGAUAACAAUGUUGGGGACUUGAAGAAGCAGCCCUUCUAUAGGUUUAUUCAAAGAACCUACAUUUUACAUCCAAUUGCACUUGGUGCUCUGCUUUAUGCAUUGGGAGGGUUUCCCUUCCUUGUGUGGGGAAUGGGUGUGAGAAUUGUUUGGGUUUACCACAUAACUUGGAUGGUAAACUCUGUUUGCCAUGUAUGGGGGAAGCAAGCAUGGAAAACUGGCGAUUUCUCCAGGAACAAUUGGUUGGUGGCACUGCUUGCAUUUGGAGAGGGUUGGCAUAAUAACCAUCAUGCCUUUGAGUACUCUGCUCAACACGGCCUCGAAUGGUGGCAACUUGACCUGACUUGGUAUGUGGUUAGGCUUCUUCAAGCUGUAGGAUUAGCCACUGAGGUGAAGCUGCCUACUGAAAUGCAAAAGCAGAGGAUGGCUUUCAGCCAUUGAAGCUUCUGUUACCUCUUAUUUUGUCUAUUAGUUACCUUUUAGUCUUGUUGCUUAUUAAAUAUGACCACAAUUAUACAUCACCUAUGAAAAUAUUUAGGAAUUGUUUUU